GAGGACAGCUGAAUGAUUGGAAGCUUGAAGUUGCUUCUGCCCCCGGGAGAGGCCCGCUGGGCUGUCGCUUCCUCCCUUUUUCUUAAAGCCCGUAGAAGUGUUUCUUGAAGAAGCUCCAGCUGUUCUCUGCGUCGUGCCAGCCGCCCGGCGAGACUCCCUCAGAGCGAGCUCCUUCGCAGGCCGGGCACGACAGCAACGCUAGCACAUUCGAAAAAGCAGGAAACAGUCCCUGCAUGCAGCGCUUCCAGCCCGAGGACUCCCCAGGCUAGGCUUCCAAGUGGCCGUGGAGCCAGGGAGCCUUGGCAUUGUGGUCACGUCCCUCAAAAGUGAACCGUCACCACCGGCGGCUUUCGCCGGAGGCCGUGAUGUUGCAGAUGCUGUGGCAUUUCCUGGCCGGCUUUCUCCCUGAGGCUGGGUGCCAAGGCUCCCGAGGGGUGGACCAUCACGAAGUCAAAAGCACCCCAGCCCCUGCUCGGGGAGACCAGAUGGCCAGCUUUUCGGGGAAGCAGGACGAAAGGGCUGAGGCCACAGAAAAGAGACCCACCAUCUUGCUGGUGGUCGGACCUGCAGAGCAGUUUCCUAAGAAAAUUGUACAAGCUGGAGAUAAGGACCUCGAUGGGCAGCUGGACUUUGAAGAAUUCGUCCAUUAUCUCCAAGAUCAUGAGAAGAAACUGAGGCUGGUGUUCAAGAGUUUGGACAAGAAGAAUGACGGACGCAUUGAUGCCCAGGAGAUCAUGCAGUCCUUGCGGGACCUGGGAGUAAAGAUAUCUGAACAGCAGGCAGAAAAGAUUCUCAAGAGAAUACGAAUGGGCCACUUCUGGGGCCCUGUCACCUACAUGGAUAAGAACGGCACAAUGACCAUCGACUGGAACGAGUGGAGAGACUAUCACCUCCUGCAUCCCGUGGAGAACAUCCCUGAGAUCAUCCUUUACUGGAAGCAUUCCACGAUCUUUGAUGUGGGUGAAAACCUCACUGUCCCCGAUGAGUUCACAGUGGAGGAGAGGCAGACGGGGAUGUGGUGGAGACACCUGGUGGCCGGAGGUGGGGCAGGGGCCGUCUCCAGAACCUGCACAGCACCCCUGGACCGACUCAAGGUGCUCAUGCAGGUCCAUGCCUCGCGCAGCAACAACAUGUGCAUUGUUGGGGGCUUCACUCAGAUGAUUCGAGAGGGGGGCGCCAAGUCCCUCUGGCGGGGCAAUGGCAUCAACGUCCUCAAGAUAGCCCCUGAGUCGGCCAUCAAAUUCAUGGCGUAUGAGCAGAUCAAGCGCCUUGUUGGGAGUGACCAGGAGACUCUGCGCAUUCACGAGAGGCUGGUGGCAGGGUCCUUGGCAGGGGCCAUCGCCCAGAGCAGCAUCUACCCGAUGGAGGUCCUGAAGACGCGCAUGGCCCUGCGGAAGACGGGCCAGUACUCGGGCAUGCUGGACUGCGCCAGGAGGAUCCUGGCCAAAGAGGGGGUGGCUGCCUUCUACAAAGGCUACGUCCCCAACAUGCUGGGGAUCAUCCCCUACGCUGGCAUCGACCUGGCCGUCUAUGAGACUCUCAAGAACGCCUGGCUACAGCGCUAUGCAGUGAACAGUGCAGACCCCGGCGUGUUUGUGCUCCUGGCCUGUGGCACCAUGUCCAGCACCUGUGGCCAGCUGGCCAGCUACCCGCUGGCCCUGGUCAGGACCCGGAUGCAGGCGCAAGCCUCCAUCGAGGGCGCCCCGGAGGUGACCAUGAGCGGCCUCUUCAAGCAGAUCCUGCGGACCGAGGGGGCCUUCGGGCUGUACCGGGGGCUGGCCCCCAACUUCAUGAAGGUCAUCCCGGCCGUGAGCAUUAGCUAUGUGGUAUACGAGAACCUGAAGAUGACCCUAGGCGUGCAGUCGCGGUGACGGGAAGGGGCCGCCCGGCCUUGCUGUUCCUGGGCUCAGCCCGGGAUGUGGAGCAUCUCAUUCUGUGAAUGUGCCAACACUACGCUGACUUCACCAAGCUGUGAAACCUGGGAUGCGCCGGGGGUGGGGAGAAGGCAGGCCCGUCAGUGUGUCCUGCUGGCCCCGGCAGACUCUGCGUCGGUUCCAGGGAAGACCUGUGGACGCUCCUCAGGUCCAGGGGCCAGCAGGGUCCUGCUGACGCGCGUAGGGACAGAUCGCCUGCAGUGCCUGCCACAUAGCGAGCUUGGGGGCCGGCUUAGUGCUUCCAUCUCGUCCUUGCAGCCUAAUGUUGGCCACAGGCCCUGUGCCCUGGCCUGCUGAGCAGUCCCUUACACCCCUGCUUCCUUCCUUUCUGCUGACGUCAUGCCAGGAGGGGCUACCAGCCUGCUGCCUGCCCUUCCCCUCAAUCCAUGGUGAAGCUGUCCCUGACCUGCUCAUCGAUGCCAGCUUGCUGUGUGGGAAGGAGGGCAGGGUCUGGCUUUCCUGCUUGCCUCCCCAGCCCUGCUUUGGGGCACCAAGCCCACCAACAGCGGGCCCUGGGUGUGUGUGCAUGCAGGGGCGCGGCUGCAGGCGUAGGACGCAUGGCUUCAAAACGGCAGGAGAGUGCUGGCACCUCAUGGCACCCUGAGCUGGCCCGGAUGCUGUCAUGACUGGCACCAGCCUGAAACCAAACCCACUGUCCCCACUGUGGCACAAGGACAGCGGAGGUCAGCGUCUGGGCCCUGGAGAGAGAAGGGAGCGGUAUUGAAGGCCUUAAUUACGUAUACUGGGAAGGGCGUUUUGUCCAGGAAGGCGUGCUGGACAGGAGCAAGCUGUGCUUCCGGCAGGGGGAGAUGAGGAAGGGGCAUCAGCUGACUGCACAGAAAGUCGGUUUCUACACCAGCCGGGGUUCGAAUCCAAUCCCACCUGGGGUGAAGUGGGACCAGCCUCACAUUCCACUCAUGUGACGUGUCACACUGCUUGGAGCCUAUUUAUUUUGUAUUUAUUUGAACAGAGUUAUGUCCUAACUAUUUUUAUAGAUUUGUUUAAUUAAUAGCCUGUCAUUUGCAAGUUCAUUUUUUUAUUCAUAUUUAUGUUCAUGGUUGAUUGUACUUUCCCGACACCACCUGGUGGGGUGGGGUGGGGAGAGGAGAGAAGAAGGGUCUUGGGAGGAACCCUUCCCACUGCCAUGGCACCUGUGUCCUGUCUGUCCAAAGAAAUUCCUCUCAGGCCUGGAGGCAGGAGAGAGGCGAGUCCUUUGGUGGUAGAGGAGGGGGGCCUUGCCCCCAGGAAGUCUGGGGAUCACAGGGUUGAUGGGGGGUGGAGAGAGGGCGAACCCCAACAUUGAAGGCAGAAGUACAGUCAUUUCCUGGACUGGAAAGGCUUCUUUCUUUCACCCUUUUUGAAUGACGAGGCAGUGAGGUGCCUUCAGUGUGAACCUGGGGUGCUGGUGGAGGGAUGAGGGGCCAGCUCCCUCCCUCCCAGCCCCCUGCUGCCCUUGCUCAGUGACGCUGGCCAGCCGGCAGUUUCACAGCUGCCCUUCAUUCCUUCCACCAGAAUGGCCGAUGAGGACACCUCAGCAGGAUGCAAAGAUCAAUGCAAAAAUUACAUUCUCUAUAAAUAUAUAUAGUUAGAACUGGAACUUGUCAAAAAGCAAAUUAAGAACGAAUUGGAAGUUGUCAUUGAAAACAGCCUUCUAAUAAAGUUGUUUCAAAGCUGA